GGUAGAAAAAUCAUUGUAGAUACAUAUGGAGGUUGGGGUGCACAUGGUGGUGGAGCAUUUUCUGGGAAAGAUUAUUCUAAAGUUGAUCGAUCCGCAGCAUAUGCAGCACGUUGGGUAGCUAAAUCCCUUGUUAAAGCUGGUCUUUGUCGACGUGUUCUAGUUCAGCUUUCCUAUGCUAUUGGCAUUGCAGAACCAUUAGCUAUUAAUGUGAACAGUUAUGGUACUGGAAAAAUGAGUGAUAAAAAACUGUUGGAUAUUAUUGUGAAUAAUUUCGAUUUACGACCUGGUGUAAUUGUGAAAGAUUUGGAUCUUCGUACACCGCGUUAUUUACAAACAGCUGUUUAUGGUCAUUUUGGUCGAUCGGAAUUUCCAUGGGAACAAUGUAAAAAGUUGACAUUCUAAUCUAAUCUAAUCUAAUGAAAAUCUUAAUGAAUGUAGAAAGAGAAAAACAGAGAGAAAAAAAUUAGAGUAGAUCAAGGCCAUGUGUUUUUUUUCUUAUUGUUUUAAAAAUGUGCGAACAGAAAUUCUGUGUUUUUGGUUUUGUUUCGUUUUGUUUCAGUUUUCUUUCCUUUUUUGGAUAAUUUUCUUUUUCUUCAUUUGUUACGUCAUAUUUAUUACUGUGCUACACCUUGUCUACACUUGUCUACUUUUUCUUACUGUCUCUCUCUCUGUCUCCCUUACACAUACAUACAUACACAUACAGACGGACGGCUGCAUUGAACCUGGGUGUCCAUUCACUUUUAUUAAUGCAUUUAACUUUUAACUGAUUCCCAAUUAACUAACUCUUUGGACUCUACACAUUAAACUUUACAGAAACAAAAACUUUGUAAAGAAAAAUAAUAAUAAUGUUUCACUGUGCUGCUGCUGUAUGUGCGCGCGUAUUAUGCGUACAUGUAUGCAUGUGUUGGAAUUGUGGACUUUUUACUUUUUAUAUUUGUGUAUACAUGUAGUUUGUGUUGUUCUAAGCGGAAAAAGAUAAAUAAUCCGUCAUGCUGUGUGUGUGUAUGUGCGUGUGCUUGUCUACACUUGACAUGGCGGCAUAUUAUGACGAAUAGCAAUAUCAAUAAUACGCUACAAUGGAUGUAUUACUG